AGUCGCCAUUUUAUUUUUGUUACUACUACAAUUGAAGUCACCUAGGCUGUGUUGCUGCGAGAAAAUUCACAUUUUCAUAUUGAUAAACAAUAGAAAUUGACAAAAUAAAUAUAGCGUUUGAGCUAAACAAAACCCCCGAGCUCUUCUGUCUUUGUGCAUUGGUCCUCAAUAAGUUUGCGUUGCGUUUUUAAGGUUUUCCAUUGAUGAUUGAAAAACCUGCUGGGACUCGGCUGGAAGCAACUGAAGCUAACGCAAAUGAGGGAUUCAACCAAUUAGAAAGGCUGUGCCCGAAGCUUGUAAAAUUAAACCACAAAAUCAAUAAAAAGAAACAAAACUGAAAAUCUGAAAAACUAUAAAAAUAAAUAGCAACAACAGGGUAUAAAAAAAGAGAGUCUUGAAUCAAGAUGAGUGUCAUUAUUCGUUUGCAAAAUCUGCCGUGGACGGCAAAUGCUCGAGAUAUACGAAAUUUCUUCACGGGCCUCUCGAUACCGGAGGGCGGUGUCCACAUAAUCGGUGGCGAAAUGGGCGACGCAUUCAUCGCUUUCAGCACCGACGAGGAUGCUCGCUGCGCCAUGCUCAAGGAUCGCGAGAAGCUGAUGGAGAUUCAAGUGCGGCUGCUGCUCUCUUCGCGUGCCGAAAUGCAAAAGGUCAUCGAAACGGCGCGCAAUGUGAGUGCAGCAGCUGUUGCCACGCCUACGCCUACGCCCACGCCGAUGCCGAUGCCCACGCCCAAGCCAGUGGCGGCGUCGGUGGCAGCAGUAGCAAUGCCGCCGGUGCCACAGCCGCCAAUUAUUGGUGGCCUGAACAGUUUUCUGCUUGGUCAGCAGCAGGGACAGCAGGGACAACAGCUCAAGCAGCAGCUUGCUUCGGUGGCUGCAUCUGCGUCGGCCACGCCCUCAUUUUUGGCAUAUCAACAGCAGGCAGGCAUCUCAUUAGCCGAUGUCGGGGGCCUCAAGGCCGCCGUCGACAAGCCAGCAGCGGCCGAUCUGGGGCUCUUUAGGCGCAGUCGAAGUCGUUCCAGUAGCUCCGAUGAUAGCGAUCGCAGUCACGAUCGUGGAUUGCGCGAUCGUGGACGCAAGCGUCGCUCGGAGCUGCGCAGCGAUAGCAGCGAGCGUGAGCUUAAAGUUUUGCCAAAACCCCAAGCGCCGUCCACAGGCGCUGUGUCCAAUCUGUCGCCCUGGGCAUUGGGCGCCACAGUGCCACCGACAGCAGCAGCAGCAACCAUAGCAACUGGUGCUGCUGCAGCUGUGUCGCCCGGGCUAAAUGCUAUGCCCGGUCUGCAGCAGCAGCUAGGCAUGAUGAAUGUGCUGCCGCCCGUGCUGCAGAGCUAUAGCACCACCAGCAAUGUGACCACCAAUAACUACAAUCUCAAUCUAUCGGCUGCCACACCGCAGCAACAGCAGCAGCAGCAGCAGUUGUUGGCACAGCAGCAGCUGGCCAAGCCACAGUCACAGCAGACGCCACAGGAGCCGAUAGCCUUUGCCAAUGUCAAUCCGUAUGCUCAAAUGUAUCCGCAGCUAUUCCAGCAGCAGCAACUGUUGCUGCAACAGCAGGCCGCAAAGAAUGCUGCAGGCAAUUCGCCAGGGCAGGCUGCUGCUGCAGCCGGUGGUGUUGGUGCUAGUGCUAGUGGUUCUGGUGCUGGUGGUGGUGCAGCGGGCUCGUCUGCUCCCAUAAUGAUCGCCGAGACGUGCUACAUCAAGAUUAGCGGCAUGUGUCCCAGCACCUCGUACAGUGAUCUACGGAAAUACUUUGCUGGCCUCUAUAUACCGCACAAUGGCAUCAAGAUUGUUAGCGGACCAAAUGGCACACGUACUGGCGUCGCCUAUAUUGAGUUCUCGCGCGUGUCCAGCGCCCAGAAGGCGCUGCUGCGCAACAAUACGCUCUUCCGUGACCGCCUGGUGCAGAUUGUGCCCAUUUCUGAUGAGGAAUUCGAGCAGGUCGAUGAGCGCUCUCAUCGCGGCAACAGCAAGAGUCACAGCAGCAGCAGUCCGGCUGAGCGUUCGCCAGCUGCUCCGGGUACCUUGCCGCCAAUCAGUGUCCUAUACGUUGAGGACUUGCCCCAGCUAACCACCGAGCAGGACAUUAUGAAAAUGUUUUCGGCGACCUAUACCAUUGUCGACAUCCUGCUAGCGCCCAGUCCCAACAAUCGGCGUGAGUUUGUGGCCUUUGUACUGUUUGCUCGCGAGAAUGAGGCACGUUCCGCUCUCGAGGAUACCUCUAGGCAUUACAUUGGGUUCCGUAAGUUGCGCGUGCGCGCCAGCAGUCAGGCAGAGAUGCAGAAUGCUAGAGAUAAGAUGCGACGUGCUAGCGAGCAGUUGCAGAAGGAGGAGCAACAGCAGCGUGAGGAACUACUACUACAACAGCAACAACAACAGCUACUACAACAACAGCAACAACAGCAGCAGCAUCUGCCUUCGCAGGAGCUUUUAAUGGCCAUGGCCAAAUUUAACAACGACCCGCGUAGACGCAAUCACGACCAACAACAGCAACAACAACAACAACAACAGCAACAGAGUACACACAACAACAACAACAACAAUCAUCACAAUAAUUUGCAACCGUUUGCCAACACUGCCAUGCAUAACGGUAAUAUGCCACCUUUUGCCUUUCAGCAGCAAAAUAACGGUAUGAACAAUUAUGGCAAUGGCAUGCAUAUGAUGAAUAACAACCACAACAACAAUAUGGGCCCCUUUGGCAUGCUGCAGAACAAUUUCAACAGCAAUCAUCCAAUGCAUCAGCAACAUCAGCAGCAGCAACAACAACAACAACGCCGGCCGGAGGACGUCUUUGUGCGUGUCCACAACUGUGAAUAUGCAACGCGAAUCAAUGAUUUGGGUGAGCUAUUCGUAUCGGAGAACUUGCGGAUCGAGCACAUUGAGAUGCUGUUCAAUGAUCGCAAUCAGAGCGCUGGCGAGUUUAUUGUCGAGUUUGCUGAUGCAGCUAAUGCCAAAAGGGCCAUCAGAGAGUUUCACAAUCGUCGCUUCCGUGGACGCGGGCUCCGUCUGACGUCCAUAACGCCGCAAGAAAUUGCGGAUCGCAUGAAUAAACCGUUUAUGGACUAUUUGCCGGGUGGCAAUGGACCCAGACAGUUGGAUCCAGUUGCGCCCUUGUCGCCGCCCAUGCAACAGCAGCAACCGCAACAAUCCCGACGUCGUGGUCCAAGUCGUUUUGAUGAUGCCAGCAAUUGCCAACCACAACAACAGCAACAACAACAGCCGCAGCAGCAGUCGGAUAGCGAUGACAGCAGCAAUGUAAAGCAACAUUUUAAUCCCUUUGCUGUGCGCGGUGGCCCAGAGCUGGGUAGCGAUGAAGUACCUGUUAGUCCGCCUAUUAUUGCAUCCGCCAUCAAUGCCAACAAUGGAAGCAGCGAGCCAGAAGAGAAUGGCAUACCAGAUAAGUUCAAUCGUGCGGGCUGCGUCGUGGCCAUGCGUAAUGUGCCUUUCAAGGCGGACCUUAAGGAUAUUCUGCGCUUCUUCAGUGACUACAAGCUCAGUCCGGAUGAUAUUAUACGGCGUUUCAAUGACGAGGGUAAGCCCACAGGAGAUGCACGCGUUGCUUUCGAAUCGCCGGCGGAAGCGCGUUCGGCUUUUGAGUCGCGUCGCCGUAAGCAAAUCUUCAAUCGUACAGUUUACUUAGAUAUUAUUUAAAGCCAAGGUUCAGGCACUAAAAUCGAAUACAAUUUGUAAAUAGUUAAGAUUAAGUUAGACUUAGAGAACAGGGUCAAUGAGGGUUUAUACCGUCAAGUAGCAGAGUACCACCAAAGCUGUUAAUUAUAUCAAUAUUAUUAUUAUGUAAAA